AAGAACACGUCGUUCGUUCAUCUUUAACAUUUAGAUAGAUUUAUUAUAUAUAUUAAACAAAAUUUAUCAUUUUAUCAGUCAACAAUCAUUCGAGCAUUCAGCUGAUAUUGAUACAGUCACACGGUGAAACAGUGUGAUCAACUAAAAGAAAUAAUACUCAACAUAAUGCCGCGCUUAUCAUACUUUUUUGAGGGUUUUUGUGUACCGGUAUUUAGUCCGUUCACUGAAAGUUUUCAGCUUAAUUUGAAAAUAAUACCGGCAUAUGCAAAAUAUUUAUUGGACAAUGGUAUCAAAGGCGUUCUAGUUAAUGGAACCACGGGAGAAGGCAUGUCAAUGGCAGUGACAGAGCGGAAGCAGGUUGCCGAGGCUUGGGCAGAAGCAGUUAAAGUUACAAAACAACACUUAAUGAUUCAAAUUGGCGGUGCAUCGUUACCAGACGUUGUUGAGCUUGCAAAACACGCAGAAAAAAUAAAUGCAGAAUCUAUACUUUGUCUUCCUGAAUUGUACUACAAACCAACGGAGUCGAAACAAUUGAUUGAUUAUUUAAAAAUUGUUGGAAAUGCGGCUCCUAAAACACCACUCUUAUACUAUCACAUACCUAUGUUUACUAAAGUAAACAUUCCAAUGGGACAAUUUCUUGAGCAGAUCGGAGAUGCUGUUCCAACAUUUGUCGGUAUUAAAUAUACAAGUCCAAAUUUGGAAGAAGGAGGGGCUGCUUUACGUGCUAAUAAUGGAAAAUUUACAAUUUUCUUAGGAAGCGAUCAAAUCAUGUCAGCAGGAUGCGCGAUCGGAAUGAAGGCAUUUAUUCCGACAAGUGUGAAUAUGUUUAGCAAGCUUGGACUUGAGAUUAUUGAUGCAGGAAUGCAAGGUGAUUUUUUAAAAGCCAAAAAAUUUCAAGAUUUGUUAUCACAAGCUGUGGUUGCUAUAUCAAAACACGGACACUGGGUAGCGACGAUGAAACCAAUUAUGGCUCGAUUAUCACCUAUUGAUCCAGGUCCAGUUCGACCUCCAAUCCAAUCGAUAAGUCCAACAGCUAUCGAAUUGAUCGAACGAGAUUUACGAGCAUUGGGAUUUUCAAAUGUUAAUAAUUAAUUUCAUCGGUUGGACAUUCUAUAUGAAGUUACUUCAUUUUUUAUUAACAAAAUAAAAAUUUACUGGUAUAAAGCAUAUUUUCAAUUUUCAAUUUUUCUAAAAAAAAAAGACUAAUAAUUAUUAUAUAUAAUUAUUAUUAAUUGUUACAUAACCCAAAGCAUGAUGAUGUUUAUUUCUUUUGAAAAAAAUAAAAAUUCGAAGACACUUGUUUUCAAAAAA